AGGCUCUGCCAGUACUCGUCGGGCACGUAGUAGGUCUUCACCACGAAAACGGAAGCCAAGCGAACGGCCAGAAUCAGGCCAAAUACGUACAGCAGAUUCAUCGCUGCGGGGGGUGUGCGCACCACACUGCGUGCGAGUCGCGAGCGCGUGUGCUAGUCGUAGGGCUAGUUUUAGUACAGCUGCCUUGCUGUUGCUGUCAACUGAAAUGAAUAAUGAACGUUGGCCGUACCACAUUUACAAAUUAUAUUUUGAACAUUUGUUUUUUGCGGCAAUCGAACCUAACCUUAAAAGCGUCCACCGUCAGUGGCGAGGCCGGCAGUGACGACGAGCGACGAAAACGAAAGAAACUGUUUUUGGCGGCCUAAAAAUAACGCGAACAGAAGAGCAAAGCAAAAUUGUGGAGAGCGACGCCGACGCAGGGCUGUGCAGGGCUGCAGUGAACCGAUAAAUCGAUACAGCUGUUAUGUGGCCGAUGCGGCGAAUCACCGUUUCACGUCUGUCGUGCAAACCGCCCGCCACUGUAUUGGCAACAAGUAUUCCCCGAAAUUAUAAUCGGGGAAAGCCCCCUGACAAUAUUUUGGCGAAAAUGUUUGGCAAAUAUUUGGCCAUUACAAAUAUUGUGGGGUCGGGACUCUUGCUGGUGGCCGGCGAUGCUGUUACACAACAAUAUGAAAGAGCUCGUCAUAAGAAAUUAUUCGACUAUAACCGUUCGGGAUGCAUGUUCGUAACGGGUUUGGUUGUGGGCCCCGUGCAGCAUGCAUUCUACAGUCGCUUAGAUCGAUACCUGCCGGACUCAAGCCGCAUUACUGCCGUGAAAAAGAUCUUUUUCGAUCAGCUGUUCAUGUCGCCCACCUAUAUCUUUCUGUUCUUCUAUGUGUCCAGCCUGCUGGAGGGCAAAACCAUCAAGGAUUCAAAUUCAGAAAUUGGCGAGAAAUUCUUUUACACCUGGAUGCUUGACUGUAUGAUCUGGCCAUCCGUACAGUAUCUGAAUUUUCGGUUUCUGAAUCCCAGGCAUCGUGUGAUCUUCAUAAACGUGACCAACUGCAUGUACAUUGUCUUGCUCUCCUAUAUAAAACACGAUGUGGGCGCGAGCAAGCAAAAUCCUAAAAUAAAAGAUAAAUCUGACUAAAACGUACAGCUAAGGCGAUGGGUAUCAUUAAUGGUUUUUUUAUUUAUUUUUAUAAAUUGUCUUUAAUACACGUUUUUAAACCUAAAAUUAAAACAUAAAGCCGGACAUUAAGGCGCCAAUAGUGAUUU